AUGCCAUCCCAACUAGAAGAAUUAGUAUCCUUUUUACACUCCCCUCAACCUGCUGUUAAGCAAAUCGCCUUGGAUAACUUGGUUGGCUUUAGUUCAGGUCCAAAUGCUGCUAUCUUCAAAUACGAUAACUAUAGAGCCAUCGAGGAUCUAAAAGAGUUAGCACAAGAAAAAUCCAAACUUUUGGUCCAACAGUCUGUCACAAUCUUGGUGAAUCUUUGCGAUGACCCUGUGAUGCGUAGACUAAUCGGUAAAGACCCAGAAUUCAUCGCAUACCUGGCACGCAAGAUUAUUGAUUUAGAUAACACAUGUGCUGAUAUUAUGUGUAUCUUGCUAUGUAAUCUGUCCAAAGAAGAUACAAUUACCUGUAUAUUUGAUGUGAAGAUUGAUCUGAAUAACUUAAAGAAAAAGGCCAAGGAAGUCUUCAAAAGUGAAAACGCUAUGGAUUGCCUCAUGGACUGUUUUGUGAAAGGUUACGAUAGGAAAUUGAAUGAAUAUGCUAAUUACGAUUACCUGUCAUAUUUUUUUGCUGAUUUGUCAAGAUUUAAAGCUGGUAGAGAAUACUUCAUCCAUGAACAGGCAUAUGAUGGUGUUGUUCCAAUCUCUAAAUUACUUGUUUUUACCGAAAAAUAUGAUGCCAAGAUUAGAAGAGAAGGUGUCGCAUCUACUAUUAAAAAUUCCCUAUUUGAUUCUGAGACUCACGAACGUAUUCUAAACGAUGACAAUAUUAAUUUGUUGCCUUACAUUCUAUUACCAAUUACUAAUGCCAAAGAUUCUGAGAUUGACGAAGAAGAUAUGUUUAAUCUUCCAGAUGAAUUACAAUUAUUACCAGAAGAUAAACAACGUGAUCCAGUAAGUUCCAUUAUUUGUAACCAUUUAGAGAGUAUUUUAUUAUUAUGUACCACAAAUUCUGGUAGAGAAUACUUGAGGAGUAAAUCUGUUUAUCCACUAGUUAGAGAGUUGCAUAAAAAUGUAGAGGAUGAAGAUGUGGGUGAACUUUGUUACAGAAUUGUCAACAUGAUGAUGAGAGGUGAACCAGAAUCUGCAGCAAUCGAGGAAAUGCCUACUAAAAGCGCUGAUGGUAAAUUAUAUGAUGAAAAUGAGGAUACCAACAAAAAGGAAGGUGAAGACGACGAAGAAGAAGAAGAAGAAGAAGAAUCCGAUGAUGAUGACGAAGAAAUGGUUGAAGUAGCAUAG